AUGUCACGAUUCUUUCCUCAUACGCCUUAUGCAGAAGAUCAGCCGCUAUUCAAGACUAUACUUGCAACUCAUGUGCUCUAUCGAGGCUUUCAAGCGGGCACGGUAGUAGGCUCUUUGGUCGGCACUGCACGCUCGUUACUCAUGUUACGAGGCACCUCAAAGCUUGCGGUGCUUGCCACAGUGGCUCCAACAACAAUACUGCGGUCGGCAGGAACUGGAGCGUUGAUAGGUACUGCUGCAAUGGUCGUAGGCCUACCAGCACGCAUGUGGGGUCGAGAAGAGAUUGAGUGGAGAGACCGAAGUUGGCGGCUGCUAGAGAAUCAAGGACAGCUGGAAACCGAUGACUGGAGCGUCGCCGGUACGCUUCUAGCCGCCGUGUACGCAACACUGAAAGUCCCGAAGAACGAUCCUUAUCGCCUCAGAAAAAUCAUUGGAGGGACAGGACUCGGAAGCAUGGCCGGAGUGAUUGGCUAUAUGACUUGGAGAUAUGGAAUCAACGGAGGCAAGCGAUAA